UCAUGCUGAUCAUCGGCCUGGCUCAUGCCCUGGUGGUGUUUCGAGUGGUGGCUGCACCCUUAAUGUCUGAGGGCAGCUGGGAGUUCAUCAGGGAUCAUGCCAACACUGUGGCUGUGAUGCUGGGAGCUGUGCUGCACUACCUCACCAUUCAGAUAAUGACCCGGGUAAACAGAUGGGUGUCCCUUAAGCUCUGUGACAUAGAGAAGACCAACUCGUUUGCUGCCACAGAGAGGAACUUCACAGUGAAGAUGUUCACCUUCCAGUUCUUCACUCUCUUCUCAUCGCUCUUCUACGUGGCCUUCUUCCUGGGCAGGUACUCUGUAACUGAUUGUGUGUUCUUUUGUUGUGUGUAUGUCUUUCAAGCUCAUGUUGUACUUCCUGCAUCCUUCUGUUGGACACGGUCCCCUUGGGUCUGCAAGUACAUUUCAUCAGAAGAAGGUGUACCUAUCCCUAUGUUUUCAUAUCUUACUACUGCUAAUUUGUUCGCAUGUUUGCACCACUAACCUACCUAGCUUAGCUAUUUUUCUGCGCAUAUUGGGCGUCCUUACAGCGGACAGAAGGACGGAACUAACACAUCCAAGACAGACUUGGCUACAGUUAUAUGUAGCAGCCAAGUGCUGCAUGGCCACUUUCAAUGAAUUGAUAUUGUAUUUAGCCACUAGUGGCUGAUUGCAUUCCUUUGGAGCUGGUGGCUUGGAAAUACAGAUUGCGUGUGAAAGCCUGUUCACAGCAGAGAAAAUAGGUAUUUGAUCCCUUGCAGAUUUUGUAAGUUUGCCCACUUAAAAAUAGAUAAGCAGUCUAUCAUUUGAAUAGUAGGUUUACUUUAACAGUGAGAGUAAGAAUAUAACAAAUGUUUCUAUGGGAUUAAGUUCCGGAGACUGGCUAGCCACCCCUGUCUUGCCUUGGCCGUAUGUUCAGGGUCAUAGUCCUGCUGCAAGACCCCUCCAUGACCCAUUUUCAGUUUCCUGGCUGAGGGAAGGUUACGCUACAUGGCCCUGUACAUCCUCUCCUCGAUGCAGGGAAGUGGUCCUGUCCCCUUAGAAACACCCCAAAGCAUAAUGUUUCCUCCAUGCUUGACGGGGGGUGGGGGGGUGGUGAUGUUCUGGGGUUAUAGUCAGCAUCUCUCUUCCUCCAAACACGGCGUGUCCAGUUGAUGCCAAAGAUCUCUAUGUUGCUCUCAUCUGACCUCAUGAUCUUCUCCCAAGCCUUCUCUGAAUCAUUCAGAUGUUCAUUGUCAAACUUCAGACUGGCCUCAUGUUCUUCUUGAGCAGGGGGGCCUUCAGGCGCUGCAGGAUUUGAUCCAUUAUGGUGUAUUGUGUUACCAAUAGUUUUCUAGGUGACUGUGCUCCCAGCUGCCUUGAGAUCAUUAACAAGUUCCUCCCGUGUAGUUCUUUGCGGAUCCCUCAGCUUUCUCCUGAUCAUCAAAACCCCACGGGGCCAGAUGUUGUGUGGAGCCCCAGACCGAGGGCGACUGAUGCUCAUUUUGUCUUUCUUCUAUUUCUGAAUAAUCACACCAACAGUUGUCUCCUUCUCACCAAGCUGCUUUCUGAUGGUGUUGUAGCCAAUCCCAGCCUUGUACAGGUCUACAAUCUGGUCCCUGAGGUCCUUACCCCUAGAUUCCACCGGGUCCGUCUACGUCGCGUUACGGCCACGUCACGGGUGCGCCGCGGCGUCCGCAAGGAUCGCGGCCACUCUAGUCAAUGGGUGCUCUUCCGCGUUACGGCUCAGAAGCGUCUCGUCCCUGGGCUCCGCUCAAAAUAGGAAUGAAGUCUAUUUUUUGAGGCAUUGCAGAGGCACCUGGCAGGAAGUGGACCGGUCAGAGCAUCC